UAAUGAUAUUUUAUUAUAACUCGCUAAACUGGAAGAAGUCAAAAAUUUAAAACAAUUUCUCACAUAAAACCCACAAUAAGAUGUUAGCACGUGUUAAUUGGCUGACAAUACUCCACCAAACUGUCCCUAAGUAAGCUGUAUCUUUGUUGUCUCAGUAUUUAUCGUUUCACUUAACCGCUGUAACAGUAACAUCUUAAUUGAGCAGAUGAAAUAAAGAUGAGUCUUAGUCGUCUCUCCACGCAGAAUAUAUGUACAAUGAGUUGGAAAAAAUUUUUUUGUACUGUGAUUUUUCUUAAAGUGUUAGCCGCUGACGAUUCGUUUACAUUUCUAAAUCCGAUCCGAUUUCCGUAUGGUCCGAUCCAAGGGCCUUUCAUGGGGAUAUUUCUAGCCCUGUCUCUCCCUUUGGAACUGCCGGAUUACAACGUGUUUUUCUCUUAUAAUUUGGAAGCCAAUUACGAGCUGCCCCAAAACGAGACAGACUUCACCUACCCUCCUUUGGUCUCGAGAUCAUGGGGGCGCAAAUAUUUCUACGAUAUCUUGGAGUUCAAAAUGAAAUCACAUGGGUAUCCCGGGAAAAACUGCUUAUUACGGGCCAUAUGCGAAACGUCGCUUUACAGUUCGGAAAAUACCGGUAUUUUGGGCGAUAUGCUGCACGUAUUGUUGACUCCGUCAAGUUCGACGGAUAACGUUCUUUCCGAUUAUGGCAAAGCGGAACUGUAUGGAAAGAGCCGAAAAAAUUGCCGAAAAUACACCAAGAAGUGCUCAAUUAGUUUUUUAGAUUUAGUUAGCCAGGUCGGACAUUACAUCGUAGAUAAUAAUUAGACGCAAAGUCAAAUAAAAAUUAUUUGCAAAGAGAUAA